CAGAAGUCUUUAUUUACGCUGAAUGACAGGGUCCAAUGAAAUCACUUCCUGUGCAAAAUUAGUAGUUAAAAUGAAUCAUAUCAUAUUCAUCACUUGAAAAACCACAGUUCAUCCGUGAAGACGUACUGCAAGACGCAAAAACAAAAGAAAUGGACUUUACUGGAGAGUACUUUAAUGAAAGAGAUUGUAUUGACACAACCAGACCUCAAGCACACUGCCAAGAUGAAGGAAAAGCUCGAAAUCACAGAGGAAGGUGUUUUUUAGUGGCGAUCAUUGUGAGUCUUGGGAUCAUUUGUCUUCUUCUGAUUGGUGCCAUCAUACUGCAGCACUUUCUGACCACUACUAAGCGAGGAUAUCGGUGGGGUCCAGAUGGCUUGUUCCUGUCCAAUGAGAGGAAGAGCUGGUCUGACAGCAGACAGUACUGCAGGGAUCGUGGAGCUGAUCUGGUCAUUAUCAACACUGAAGAGAAGCAGAGACACAUAUCUUCAUUGGUCAAGGAGAGAGUGUGGAUUGGUUUGUCUGACACAGAGAAAGAGGGGAUCAUGAAAUGGGUGGAUAAUUCACAGCUGAAUCAAGUGUUUUGGGCCAGAGGUGAGCCGAAUAACUAUCAUGGUGAAAAUGAGGACUGUAUUGAACUGAUACCUUCAGAUCCUGCCCUGGAGAACUGGAAUGAUCGCCCAUGCUCAGAGAAAAAAAAAGGGAUCUGUGAGAAAUAGGGUUCAUCAAUGUCUUGCUUUUACAUUGCUCCAUUCUAGCAGCUGUUAGUACGUCCAUAUUCUGCUGUUAUCAUGUUUCUUAUUAGUUGGUUAUUGACUUUUAGUUUUUAUCUGCUUUUUUUCUUAGUUUUCUUCCAUCUUACGUUCUUCCCAUUGAUUAUUUGUUGUUAUGGUUAAUGAUUACAAAGCUCAUCUUUUUCUCGUCUAGUUCUCCUUCCAAUCAUUACUUUAUUGUCUCCGUUUAUUAAAGGUUUACUUCUAUAUUUACAUCCUCUCUCUUCCCUUUACUACAAGUAGCUGUGACACUGUCAACCUGUGUAUUUCUUAAUAUUUUGUCUAACAGCCCAGGUGUGCCUGUAGAAAUGUGCAAAGAACAAUUUUUUAUUGACCCAAAUUUUUAUUGACCCAAUUAUUUUGAGCUUGUGUGAACCAAGGACCUUAAUUUAAGUUGAUUUAACCAAACUCCCAUUAAAAAACCCAUUGACUCUGGGACAAGGAACCAGA